AUGCCGAUCGGUGGAAAUAAUACUGAACCAUAUAAAAAACGUUCACAUAAAAAACGACCUCUUAAACAAACAUCAAAAUCAAAACGACGAAUAACAGAAAAAAAUGAUACAAAAAAUUCGAAGAAAAAUCUUUGUAAUGUAAAUGAAUCUGACUUGAAUCAAUUUACACCAGCUAAUGUCUCUUCUCUUCGUUGGGAUAAUGUAUUAAGUGAUACAACACUUGAAAAUGAUCGUAUUGAACAAUAUAAAGAACUUCGACGACAACGAUAUUAUGAAGCUCGACAACAAGCGAUUGAAACUUUAGUUGAAAAAAUGAAAAAAACAACUGUUAAUGUAUCAGAGAAAUAA